CGCAUUGCCCCGCUGCGGGAGGAGGGCCGCGUGCCGUGUCUGCGGGAAGGAGUAGGGAGCCAGUGGGAGCUGAGGCAAGAGGCCCGGAGGCCCGCGGAGUCGCGCGGGGAACCCCCGGACGCAGCUGAGCGGGAGCCGCGGUCGCCGGGCGGACAGCCCGGAUAGGGCCUAGAGCGGAGAAGGAGAAGGACGUGCGCUCUGGAGACGCGGAGGAUCGAGGCGCCGCGGCCUGAGUGAGACGCAAUGAAAAGAGCAUGACAUUUGGAGGCGAAAACCUUGGUUUCAAACCCCUGCUUCUUCACUUACUAAUUUUAUGAUUUGGAAGUAUCUAUGCAAGAUGUUGACACUGCAAACUUGGACAGUGCAAGCCUUGUUUAUUUUUCUCAGCACUGAAUCUUUAGGUGAACUUCUAGAUCCAUGUGGUUAUAUCAACCCUGAAUCUCCAGUUGUACAACUUGGUUCUAAUUUCACUGCAGUUUGUGUGCUAAAGGAAAAAUGUAUGGAUUAUUUUCAUGUAAAUGCUAAUUAUAUUUUCUGGAAAACAAAUCAUGCUACUGUUCCUCAUGAACAAUAUACUGUCAUAAACAGAACAGCAUCUAGUGUCACUUUUACAGAUAUAUCUUUAUUAAAUAUUCAACUCACUUGCAACAUUCGUACAUUUGGACAGAUUGAUCAGAACGUGUAUGGAAUCAGAAUAAUUUCAGGCCUGCCUCCAGAAAAACCUAAGAAUUUGAGUUGCAUUGUGAAGGAAGGAGAAAAAAUGACAUGUCAGUGGGAUCCUGGAAGGGAAACAUACCUGGAAACAAACUUCACUUUAAAAUCUGAGUGGGCGACAGAGAAGUUUGAUGAUUGUAAAACAAAACGUGACAACCCUACCUCAUGCACUGUUGAUUAUUCUCCUGUAUAUUUUGUCAACAUUGAAGUCUGGGUAGAAGCAGAAAAUGCACUUGGGAAAGUUGCAUCAGAUCAUAUCAAUUUUGAUCCUGUAGAUAAAGUGAAGCCCUUUCCACCACAUAAUUUAUCAGUCAGCAACUCAGAGGAACUGUCUAGUAUCUUAAAACUGACGUGGAUCAACUCAAGUAUUAAGAGUUUUAUGAAACUGAAAUACGACAUUCAGUAUAGGACCAAAGAUGCUUCCACCUGGAGCCAGAUUCCUCCUGAAGAUACAGCAUCCACCCGAUCUUCAUUUACUGUCCAGGACCUUAAACCUUUUACAGAAUAUGUCUUUAGGAUUCGCUGUAUGAAGGAAGAUGGUAAAGGAUUCUGGAGUGACUGGAGUGCAGAAGAAAGUGGGAUUACAUAUGAAGAUAGACCAUCCAAGGCACCAAGUUUCUGGUAUAAGAUGGAGCCAUCCCAUACUCAUGGCUGUAGACCUGUACAACUCAUAUGGAAGACAUUGCCUCCUUUUGAAGCCAAUGGAAAAAUUUUGGAUUAUGAAGUGACUCUCAAAAGAUGGAAAUCACAUUUACAAAAUUACACUGUUAAUGACACAAAACUGACAGUAAAUCUCACAAAUGAUCACUAUAUAGCAACUCUGACAGCAAGAAAUCUGGUUGGCAAAUCUGAUGCAUCUGUUUUACCUAUCCCUGCCUAUGACUUUCAAGCUGCUCGCCCCGUAACGGAUCUUAAAGCAUUUCCCAAAGAUAACAUGCUUUGGGUAGAAUGGACUGCUCCAAAUGAACCCGUAAACAAGUACAUACUUGAGUGGUGUGUGUUAUCAGAUAAAUCACCCUGCGUCCCAGACUGGCAACAAGAAGAUGGUAAUGUACAUCGCACCUAUUUAAGAGGAAACCUAGCAGAGAGCAAAUGUUAUUUGAUAACAGUUACUCCAGUGUAUGACAAUGGACCAGGAAGCCCCCAGUCUAUAAAGGCAUACCUUAAACAAGCUCCACCUUCCAAAGGACCUACUGUUCGGACAAAAAAAGUGGGGAAAAAUGAAGCUGUCUUAGAGUGGGACCAGCUUCCUGUUGAUGUUCAGAAUGGAUUUAUCAGAAAUUACACAAUAUUUUAUAAAACCAACAUUGGAAAUGAAACCGCUGUGAAUGUGGAUUCUUCCCACACAGAAUAUACGCUGUCCUCUUUAACUAGUGACACUUUGUAUAUGGUACGAAUGGCAGCAUACACAGACGAAGGUGGAAUGGAUGGUCCAGAAUUCACUUUUACUACACCAAAGUUUGCUCAAGGAGAGAUUGAAGCCAUAGUUGUACCUGUUUGCUUAGCAUUCCUAUUGACAACCCUUUUGGGAGUAUUGUUCUGCUUUAAUAAACGAGAUCUAAUUAAAAAACACAUCUGGCCUAAUGUUCCAGAUCCUUCAAAGAGUCAUAUUGCCCAGUGGUCACCUCACACACCUCCUAGGCAUAAUUUUAAUUCAAAAGAUCAAAUGUAUUCAGAUGGCAAUUUCACUGACGUAAGUGUUGUGGAAAUAGAAGCUAAUGACAAAAAGCCUUUUCCAGAAGAUCUGAAAUCAUUGGACCUAUUCAAGAAGGAGAAAAUUAGUACUGAAGGACACAGCAGUGGCAUUGGAGGGUCUUCAUGCAUGUCAUCUUCUAGGCCAAGCAUUUCUAGCAGUGAUGAAAAUGAAUCUGCACAAAACACUUCAAGCACUGUCCAGUAUUCCACUGUGGUACAUAGUGGCUACAGACACCAAGUUCCAUCAGUCCAAGUGUUCUCAAGAUCUGAAUCUACCCAACCCUUGUUGGAUUCUGAAGAACGGCCAGAAGAGCUACAGCUGGUAGAUAAUGUAGAUGGCAGUGACGUCAUUCUGCCCAGGCAACAGUAUUUCAAACAAAACUGCAGUCAACAUGAAACCAGUCCAGAUGUUUCACAAUUUGAAAGGUCAAAGCAAGUUUCAUCAGUCAAUGAUGAAGAUUUUGUUAGACUUAAACAGCAGCAGAUUUCAGAUCAUAUUUCACAGUCCUAUGGAUCUGGGCAAAUGAAAAUGUUUCAGGAAGUUUCUGCAGCAGAUGCUUUUGGUCCAGGUACUGAGGGACAAGUCGAGAGAUUUGAAACAGUUGGGAUGGAGGCUGUGAUUGAUGAAGGAAUGCCAAAAAGUUACUUACCACAGACUGUAAGACGAGGUGGCUACAUGCCUCAGUGAAAGACUAGUUCUUGUUAAAAUUUCAGCAGUACCUGUAAAGUAAAGCUAAAAAUAUUUUAUCUGUAAUUUCAGAUAAAAAUAAUCUUCACUCACUGAAGAUGAUCAUUUGCCCUUAAGGACAAGAAUGUACUGUCCUCCCACAUGGGCUAUUUCUAUCCCAGAAAACUUGGGAUUCUACUUUAAGCACUACAGAAACUGACUUCCUCCUCUGAAUAGCUGAAUGACUUUGUGCUGUUUCAGGAUGUUUGCACUGAAGAAAAACAGAAAGCUUCUCUGAAAUUUAUAAACUAAAACGGUUACCUAAAAAACAAAGUGUAUUUAAAUAAUAAGCGGUGAUAAACUUAGCACAGCUAUACUGAUUUUAAUGCGUAUAGCCAUCAAAUAAAGUGGCCCUAGGGAAAGAUAAUAUAAAGAAUUAGAGGAGCAAGGUCUAGACCUUGCUAAUUUAUGCUACAUCAGCUGACGACAAUUUUAAAAGAGGUCCAGGCAGCCUAACUAUUAUGUAUGAGCCUAACUUUUGUUGCCUGACCCCGCCCUCCAAAAAAAAAAAAUUGCGCUCAUUUGUACUCAUACCAACACAUAAAAUAUUAGUUUUCUUUCAUUGGUAAUGAUGCUGCCAGUUACUGGAGAAGAGAAACUCUGGAGUUUUAACUUGGCAAAUUAAUAAAUUUUUGAAUAUAAUCAGUAAUCUAAAUUUCCAAAAAUUUGUUAUCAUUAUUAACAAUCUCUUUGAAGGUCCAUUUUACAAAUUCAGCCAAGUUCCCAGAUAAGAGCUAGGAAUGAAAGCCAAACUAAAACAUUUAAAAAGUUCUUUGCCAUUUAUAAAGGCUUAAAUUGUUAACAUUUUUUAUAUAAACAUUAACCCUUCUUGUUAAGAGUUCAGAGAAUUUAGUUGAUGAAGCACUUUAUACAAUGUUUUCAGCUUGAAAUGUGUUUUAAUAUGUUUAGUUUUUAUUUUUAUGUAGGCCAAGAUUGAAAAUUCUUUUUUCUAGUAGAUGUUUGAAGCAAACUAAGUUAGAGGACUUGGGCAGCUUUCACCAAAACAAAACACAAUCUCAAAAAUCUACAUACUGAUCUUAGUAAAUAUCACAGUUACUAUUUUAAUAUCUGCCAGUCUGAGGUAGGUGGAACUUAGUUCUACAUUGUGAUUUAGGAAUAUUUUAAACCUCUUCCCACACGUUCUGUUUUUCGGGGAAAGUGAGCCAGUCCUCCAGAGUUUAGUGCUCAACCCACUUUCGCGUUGAUGCCUCCUCCCAGCCCCAACAUUUGAUGAGGAGGUAGGGGCUAAGGGUAGGAGCUGAGUACAUAAGAAAAAAUUGUCAUAAAUCAUUAGUUGCUGAGUAUUGCUAUCAAGUAAGUUUGGAGAAACAGGUUUUGUUUUUCUGUCAUUUAGGUUACAGAAAUCAGGCCAACUUACAAUAGUUUGUAGAAGUUAAUGAAGAAUAAAAGGCUAAGAAAAAUUGGUAUACAUUCACAGUUGAAAUAGAAUUCUACUCAUUAUCAGAAUUUUGUUCACAUUAGACUUUUUGUUACACUUCAUCCUUUGUAUUCUUGCCUAAUACUUUUCAGAGUUCUUACAUAUGUAUGGUCUUUGUGAGACAGAGCAGAUGCUUUAUUUUUAUAUAUCCAGUAAUAUUUUAGGUGAGACCAACAUGAGAUGGAUAGAAUGACAGAAUUAGAAGUAUAUGAGGAAAAUUAGGCACAGAAAGGUCAAGUAGGGACAGAGAGACCCCAGACUCACACUACAGAAUAAUGGCAUCACCACCAUUUAAGUUAGGCAUCAAAGGCUGGUCCAAAGCUGCAUUAGAUUUAUGUUGUUAAAUGUCUCAAGAAAUUUAUGUUUCAUUUCCUCAAAAUAAGUAGUCACGUUAUUGCAAUCAUGUUUAGUUGUAAACUUUCUCAUAACAAACAGCAGUGAUAGAAGAACAUUAUAUUGUGAAGUUUGUACAUGGAGGGGGUCAGUUAGAAAAUGUGGACUCGUGAUAUAAGAGAAUGAGAAUGAAAAGUCAUUUAAGAAAGGAUAUAGUAUAAGCACAUUUCUCUGUUGAGACUUGAACAGAACAUGGUGCUGUGAGUGAAUGCCUCCCCACCACACGAUCACUUCAGACAAAUGGAUAUGGUUACUGUGCAAAAAUCUAUUCAGGAAAUAAACAUAAUUUCAUCACUAACACGUAAUACAUAUUUUUGCCCCAAAAAAGAAAAGAAAUGAAUUGUUUUUUAAGUACAAAAUAACUUUGCUAAGGCAUGUCUU